AAUAAAUCUGAAGAAGAGACGCACGAUGUUCUGCUUCCAAAGUCCCUUCACACGCUCGUCGCGCAACGUCGUGUCCGCCAGCUCGUUGUCGACGAGCAAGAGCAAGUCGUCGUCGUUGACCAGCGCGAUUCUGUCGUCCGCGAAAACGUCUGAGGCGGAGGAUCGCAAGAUGUCCAACGCGACCGAGUGCAACCGACGGGGCUCCGAGGCGACCAGCGAGGGCUCCAACUCGUCCAUCCGUUACAUCGACCAGGAGGCCUCGAUGUCCAGCAGCACGGACACGCUUCCAGGUAUUCGCACCGAUUAUUUAGACGUGGAGCCGCUAUCGCCGAGCGUGGACGCUCUGACUUCGCCGAGCGGCGUAACGGUCGUUCUGAACGGCACCGGCGGCUCGAACGAGCAGCAGCGAAUCUCGCCGCACGAUAAGUAUCAUCAGACGACCUUGCAGUCACCGAAGAAGUCCAGCAACGGCAUCGGUAGCAGCUGGCGCCGAAAAUUCAUGCUGCGUCUCCGCUCCAGCGAUUCAUCGAGCUUGAACAACGGCGAGACGUGCUCUUCCUCGACGUCGCCGUCGCCCGCGAGCGAGUCAACGCCCGGAUCGUCGUUUUCCUCGAAGAAUCUCCAUAUCGACGAGAGAAGACAAGGCACCGUCGUCUCGUCGCCGCCGGUGCAGAUCGAUGUAAGCGGCGACGGAAGUCCACAGACGACCGUCGCCGCGUCCGUCGGCGAUAUACCGUCUCUGGCGAAUGGCUUCAGCGAGCUUGAAGAGGAGGAGAACGACGACGACGACGACGACGACGAAGAGGAGGCUUGCAACCCUGAAACCGAGACGGAGGAAAAUUCAUCCUUGCCGUCCAGCCCCGCGGCUGCGUCCACCGUCGCCCUGGCAUCUUCAACGGCGCCCUAUUACGACUUCCUGUCGGUGAACUGCGGUGCGAUGCGCCAAGAAACUACCAGCACUAGCUCGCCGCAAUUGUCGUCCGGCACGAGUCUGCGUUCGUGCAGCGCGGAUUCGCCGCCCGCCGACACUUGCAGCUCUUACGGCGAGCACAGCAGUCCGGGCGUGGACUCGCUCAAGCCCGAGGCGCUCCUCGACGCGGCGAGUUGUCUUCCGGCCGCGAGAUCAUGCCCGAAUCUGGAGCGGCAGAGCGCCGGCUGCUCCUCGGCCAGCGGAUCGUCGAGCCCGAGCCCGAGUCCGGGCCCCGCCGGGCCCCGUUUCAAGCCGCUCGAGGAGGGCGAUAUACAGGUGUGCUAUCUAAAUCACACGCACACCCUCGUGAAGAAGAUCCUGUCGAGCAAGUUCUUGAGACGUUGGGAGACGCACCAUCUCUACCUCAACGACGCCUGCCUGUCCUCCAAGACGCUCACGGGGUUUCUUCACCAACCUGUUCCGUACAGCAGCAUGUCGGAGGUCCGAAAGUAUGCUGUCGCCGGUUGGGACCCCGCGUAUAAGAACUGCCUCAGCAUUGUUCUGUCAGACGGUUUGCUCAUACUUCAAGCCAGCAAUGCUUACACGAGGGACCAGUGGUAUCAUUCGAUAUUAUGGAAGAAAAGUAUCUUCAAGUACCAACACUUGGUGUCGACGAGCACUCGAGAAGAGGUGAUACUGCGCGAAUUGCGCAUCAUGGUGGACUUUGCUCUGUGGACGCCGAUUCAGGAUGAGAGAGUGGCGGGUGCGCCGCUGGAGGCGGCCGCCAAAUUGCUCGAAGAGCCCGGCGUGGACUCCGACUUGGAUACGAAAACCGACGAUACCGUGCGCGAUCGCAGAAGCUGGGCAGAGGCUGUGCUCUCCGUGGUCGUGCCUCUUCUGGAAAAAGCGGCCCCGCAGGCAUCGCUCGCGCGAGCGCUCGCCAGACUGGCGCAGCAGCAUCCGCGAUCCCAGCUGGUCCCGAUGCUCAGCCCGGCGAUCACGAGAUGUCUUAAGCACACCGUUGACUUUGGCAAGUCGCCGGACAUGAGAAAGUUGUUGCAGGUCUUCGUUGCCGCUUUGUACGAGAACAACGAUGGCGAGCAGGCAAUCAAGGAUUAUAUUUCGUCGGUUCACGGGCCGGGCAGCGACUGCCCGCACCCGAGGGUGCUUCCCAAUCUGGUGUCCAUCUGCGUCGCGGCAAUAUUCCACAGGUUCGAGGUAUCGAAUCGUGCGUCGUCGAACGAAAACAAACAACCGCCGUCGCUGCCGCCGCUGCAAUGCUACUUGCUCGUCUUGAAUAUCGCAUCGGAAUACGCCGACUGGCGUCCCGGUCUCGGAGCACUGUUGCAGCCCGUCCCGUUCCCGGAGGAGGCCUUGGCCGUGAAGGAGGUGCAGGAGUCUGUGCUGAUAUGCGUGAUGCAGCGACUGGCGAAAGAUCCGAGAUGCACGGUGCACCGCGUGCUGCUGCCUGUCAGAGAACCGCGUCCAGGCUGGUUACACAUCGCCGCACCGUCUAGCCCUGCGUGUCCAGAUCGUGGAGAAUUGUUCGGCGAAAUGCUUACGACUCUGUUGGCGUGCUGCUGCCGGCGGAAGAGAUUUAUCGCGUCUCUGCUGAAGCAGGCGGGCGACGAUUGCAUCCUAUUGGCGGUGCGGGGCUGCGACGCCGCGCAGGAGGCGCUGUGCUUGAUGCUCGAGUGGCGUUUGCUGCCGAACGAGGAGGCGAGACUCCAGAUAGUUAACGCGCUCGAGUCUACGGAAUCCGGCAAGGAGCGCUACGCCGCUCUCUGCCAGAGGCAGAAGAAUCUGCAGGAGCUGCAACAGAAAGGCGGGCCUCGGAAACUGACGCUGCCGGUGCGAGCGACCGACGCCGACGUCGCCCUCCUGCUGGGCGGUCGCGCCCUCGGCAAUCUCGAAUGCCUCAGUCUGGCCUUUACCUCCGUGACGUCCGCGUGUGCGGAACAGCUGAUCAAAUUGCCGGCACUGAGAUAUCUGAAUCUGUGGGCCACGCAGUUUGGCGAUACCGGCCUACAGAUGAUCAGCGAGCAUCUGCAGAAGCUGCAAGUGUUGAACCUAUGCGAGACGCCCGUGUCGGAUAAAGGCAUCUCUACGUUGGCCUCAUUAACCAGCCUAAGGAAACUGAAUCUGAAUAGCACGAAGCUGUCGGCGCAGACGUUCGAGUCACUGAAGAAGCGACUGCCGGCUUUGCAAGAAUUCGACGUUCGAUACACGGAGGCCUGGUGACCCGAGAUUACGCUGCCGUCGCCCGUCGACGGCAAAGAUUAUCGUGACUUGAAAACGAAGAAACAACGCUAAGGUGCUCGAUUAUUUAGAGGUGAAAUUCGAGUGACUUUAUCAUUUCAGUACUUUCAGUGUAAUCAAAUUCGAUCGAAUGUGAGCGCGAUAGAUUCGUUUUGCUUCGAUUUUGCCAAUCUGCGCACCUAGCAAAACAAUCGCUAAAGAUAUGAAUCUUUGUCGAUGAAACUUCCCAAGAAGACGAACGAAAGUCUCUUGCUAAAUCCAGUGCAGGACGAGUGAAGAGCACACUUCAUCGUGUCUUUACGUGCUCUCGAUGUAGUUUAUACUUCUUCCGGUUUAACCGCUCGACGGUUUGUUCUUUCCAGACGGCGAUAAAUCCAGACGACGCGACGGAUGGACGAUAUCAAUCAAAUUCGCGCGUCUACAUGAACGCAUCUUCCAUUUUUGCUAGAUAUAUCAUUUACUCGAAAUGACAUUAAACGAAUUUUCUUCCUAAAUUCAAGUGUCAACGAGUUUGGUUCUCGGCGGCGCUCUUAUGAGGGACGAUUAAUCAAGACGUGUUUUCCGAGGACAUUCCAGUAUGCAAACUGAGACGUUAUUUUUCCGAAAAGACGCACAUCCGCGCGAAUAAACAGAGAGAUCGGGCGAGUGACGAGCGUUCAUGGUAUUCGCGUAGAAUGCGAGUCCGAACGGAGCGUGAAGAUACGCGCAAGGAGACACGUGAUCGCGUCGAGGAGGCGAUCGUUAGAGUCGUGGAAUGUGAGUCGUUUGCUCGGCAAGAUGUCCAAGUGCCACUCAUAGGAAAAAUACCGAGGGAAACAUUCGCGCGAUACGGAUGCGGCAUAUUGUGUAGCAAUAACGCGCUUGGCUCAAAUGACGACGAUUUUUAUUGCAAGCGACUCGCAUUUAACGAUCGCUCAAGUUUUACACAAUCGAGAAAAGACCGAUUUCGUAGCAACUUUAACGAUAAAUUUAAUUUCAGUUCAAGCCUUCAUCCAUCCAUUUCUAGUUUUAAGAAAGCGAGUUGUUUUUAUUUCUUCUUACGUCAGAAGUGUUAAGAGCGUAAUAUAACUUCAUCCUCCUGUCCUUUGUAUCUUUUUUAUACUCGUGUACGUCAUUUUCUAAUGAUGUUACUUUUUGAUGGAGAUUAAAAAAAAAUCUAGUGCAUUGCCAUUCUCGAUUUUCGUUUAUUAAGCGCGCGCGUCAUCGCAGCGAGCGCGAGCGUCGUGUUCAUCGUUUACGCUGAUAAAGCUGAAAGUCGUUUAGAAUUAUCGCGGGGCAAAAAGAUUUUAUUAGCAGAGUUAGCCAGUGAAUGAAAUAAACAUUCUCGCUGGCGAAUAGCGUAACGAAGAAUCAUUCGUCAGUCUUUCCUGUUUGCGAAACGGACUUUCUUUAGCUCGCAAACAGGAGAGAGCGGACGGUUUAUCAUCCAUCGUUUGUCACACGAGUCCUGCCAGCGGUAAUCAGUGAAGAUCACGCUAACGACUGUGAUGAUCUUCCGCGAUCUUCGACGCGAAACAAAGACUGUUCCCGAUCGAGUGUCAGCGCGUCGCUGAACCGCAGCCGCCGGUCGAUCCCUUCGUGCGAGAAGUGUCCUUUCGCGGGAGACACUCUCGAUUUGCGCUCCUUCUCGUUCGAGGCGUGCUCAACUGCCUUAUAAUCAGAGUUCUGAGCGUUUUGAGCGACCACUGCCACAACGCGCGUGUCGCGUCAGCGCGAGCGCGAUUUUUACUCCGGAAUGGAUCUGGGCAUGGAUUCACGACUUCCGGUCGAUUUUCGUGAUUGCCUCACCGAUGAUCGUAAUAAGACGCCUUAACACAUACCUUAGUUAUGGCCUUAAUUACGGUCUUAAUUACGAAGGGUGAAGGGAGAAGAUGGUGAACGGCAAUUACGGUCAAAAAUCGACCGGAAGUUGUAGAUCUCGCGCAGUUCUGUUCUAGAAAAAAAAGAAAAAAAAGAAGUGAAACUUCGCGUCCGUUUUAUCGUAAAGACGCAGCGUCGCGUCCCGUGUUUUAUCGUAAAAAACGAAGCUUUGCAUCUCGCGUCUUGCCGCAAAAGGGUAAAAACUGCGAAGCUUCGAGGCGCGGAGUCGACCUCGUGCAUUUUGUUUCCUAAUGUAAAUAGAUAAGUAGACAAGUAAGGAUCGUUCCCUCUCUCGUUUCUCCUCCUCGAUCAUUACGUAGAUUUUAAUAAUUUAUUCUCUAGUUAGAAGAAAAAGGAACCUCUCGUAUUUAUAUAAAUAUAUAUAUAUACAUAUGAUACUACAUAUAUGUCGCACGAUCCAGCUCGUACUAGCGCGAACGCGCGUUUAGGGGAAUAGUCGAGUUUUUUUUUUAGAACGCUGGUAAGGAAAGGGGGGAUAGAGAGGGUGCCCUGUUCGUAAGGGCGACGGAGAACGGUGACCGGCAGUUUUGCAAUCUCGUCACGGACAUUGAACGCCGCAAGGGAACAAGCAUUGUAAGAAGACUGUUUACGUCAAUUUCAAUAAGGAUCAUUAACUUAGGGAGUUUACGAUUUACUCGAGUUAUAUAAUUCCUCAGCUUCGGCGCCCGAACGAAGCGGAUAAAUUCGAAUUUCUUGAUACCUCACAGGAUCCGUUUUGUUGCGCGCCUUUCGUUAUCUUUCCUCACACCUCUAUGAAAUCUCCUGCGAUUCUGCGUUCGUUUUUGGCUGUCGCGACUCGCCGCACUAGUUUUCUUUGAUUUAUAUCCCUUACAUCAUACCUCCCCCAUAUUGUAAUUCUAGCCGUUCUCAGCGGUGAAAUCUGUAAAACAUACUCUACCGUUUAGACGUGUUAUCGAGAACGAAUGGAGUUUCAGCGUUAAAUUAUUAAUAUCGUAUCUUUCUUUGACAUUUUCGUACGAAUAAAGUGUUUAAUCGAAGAAAAA